UUUCUCAUAUUAAGAAGAUGCCAUUUGUAUCUCUCUCAAAAUUCUAGAAGAAGAUUGAACACAGGGAGGAUGCAUGCUCAAAGAUACAUGGAUAGAUUGGAUCGGCAGUUUCUUGCGCUGAAAGUAUGAUUAUGAUCAGACAGCCUGCGCGUUUCAAGGCAGAAUUUUCCAUUAUUUUCGAAUAAAUAAUUGAGUUGUGUACUUUACUGCUGUUCUCCGCAAAUUCCUCUCCAUUCUACUCUUACCGCAUUCAUCUGGCUUGAAAAUCCGAUGGCAUUUGAUCAGUUCUUCGAGCAAGAAUGGAAUCCAGUUCCUUCUUCAUCCGCAGCCUGUUUCGACUGCAACAUAUGCUUAGAGUUCGCCCACGAUCCAGUCGUAACUCUCUGCGGCCAUCUCUACUGCUGGCCAUGCAUAUACAAAUGGAUAGAUUCCCAAACAUCUUCCCUGCCAUCAGAUCAGCUGCCCCGGUGCCCCGUCUGCAAGGCCGAAACUUCAGAAAAAACUCUAGUCCCUCUCUACGGCCGCGGCCAAUCCAUCCCCGAACCUGAGCAUGGAGGACCUCCCAUACCUCCAAGGCCACCAGCCUCCGGGAUAAAAGGCCUCUCCGGCAUGUUCAACCCCGAAGGCUGUGGCCCCCAUCCGAGCCCCCCUGUUUCUCCGAAUUAUGACGAGAGCAACGAUGGUGAUGGAGGUUUGCAGCAACCUACAUUGUCUAAUCUUCGCGGUAUAGCACCGCUUGUCCUUUCCUGUCCGGUUGUCAACAUGGAAUAUGAUAGACUGUCUGGAAACUCGGCAGGUCUGUACUCAUAUCCACACUCGUAUCACUCCGUCAGGAGUCGAAGGCGCGAGCUGCGGGUCGAUGAAUCGUUGAACCGGAUUACUAUUUUCUUGUUCUGCUGCUUUCUUUCUUUCCUUGUGCUGUUUUGAUGACUACACUUGUCUUCUUCUUGUCCCGUUUUCGAGAUGGAAUAAAUGACAGCUGAAAAGGUCGAAGAAUACAGAUCAUAGGAGGUUUGAAUAAAGAAAGUCAGAAUUGUAGGAUUCUUGUCUUAUAGAAAAAAUUUAUAUAAUAUUAUAACUGUGUAAGAGAAUUUUAGUUUCAGACUCUUUUUGUUUCUCUUUCUGUUGCAUUGCAUCAUCUAAUCUUCCUCUUUAUCAUCCACAAUUUAUGGUCCACAAGCUUUGUAUGUUCAAAAAUUCUGUAAUUUCCACUUACCCAAACUUUAUAUAAAAACCUUGAAGAGUUGAUGUUUUCUAUCCAUCAAAAUCACUCAGAAUGGCUGCAACAAAAUGGCACUGGUGCUUGUGCAUUGCCCUGCUAAGCCUAAGUCUAAACCUGUCUAUGUGCUCGGCCGAUCGUGUUAUUCGGAGACUGGUUGUCCCUGUGCCCCCUGUCCCCCCAGUCCCGGAGCUUGAUAUGCCUGUGAUCCCCAGGCCUAUGCCUUCUCCAAUGCUCGGCGCUGCCUCGGUUGUCGACGUGGCGUCCGAGCCUGUGCCUGCUCCCAUGCAUGGUUUGGGUGACUUUGAUUCUGAUUCUGAUCCUGACUAUGACUCCGACUCUGUUCCUGAGCCGCUUCCUCCUCGUCUUUGAAAUAUGUAAUGCUUGUUGUGAUGUUUCGAGACAUGUUCGACUACUUUCAUGUACUGUUUUGAACAUCUGAUCUGCCGUUUAAUAAAAUGCAUGAAAGUCUAAUAAUA